AUGGAAGUCCGAAAGGGUCGGUUGCAGUUUUUUUGUUCUAGCGAGUGGCCAACUUUCAAUGUCGGAUGGCCACCAGAGGGGACCUUCGACCUCCCUACCAUCCACCGAGUCAGGAGUAUCAUCUCUCAGCCUAAGACGGGCCAUCUUGAUCAGCUCCCUUACAUUAUCACUUGGCAGGACCUUGUAGAAGACCCACCCUCUUGGCUUAAGCCCUUCCUAACCCUGCUCCCUCUGGAGCCAAAACCCAUUCUUGCUUUGCAGGAGACAGAGAAGAGGAAAAGUCUUACCCAGCCUUCAGCACCCCUCUACCCUGUCCUACAGGGGGGUACUGAAGAAGAAUUAAUUUUUCCUCCCCCGUAUAACCCUUCUAGGAUGCCGGAAGAACACCAUCCUCCCACUCCGGGGGAGGCAGACGCUGUUCCGAGAGUGGGAGGCAGAAACGCUCCAGGGGCAAGCCCGCCCUUUACCAGACAAAGGGCUCAGAGGGAGCAAUCCGCCUCCGCCUCCGACUCCACUAUUCUGCCCCUGCGAGCCACCGGACCCCCAGACGCAGAGGGGAAUCAGCCCCAUCACUAUUGGCCUUUUGCCACUAGUGACCUCUACAAUUGGAAAGCUCAGAAUCCUAAGUUUUCCGAGAAACCGGCAGGGCUUAUUGAUUUAUUAGAUGUUCUUUUUACCCAUCAGCCCACGUGGGAUGAUUGCCAGCAGCUUUUGCAGGUCCUGUUCACUACUGAAGAAAGAGAAAGAAUACUCAGUGGGGCCCGAAAACUAGUUCCGGGCGCAGACGGGAAUCCCACCACCAACCAGGCUCAGAUAGAGGCCUCCUUCCCCUUAACUCGGCCCCAGUGGGAUUUCAACACGGCAGAAGGUAAGGAGAGGCUCCGGGUCUACCGCCAGACUCUAAUGGGGGGUCUCCGAAUGGCUGCUAGAAAGCCAACCAAUUUGGCCAAGGUAGGAAAUGUACAACAGGGAAAAGAUGACUCUCCGGCUGCCUUUUUAGAACGGAUCAUGGAGGCAUUCCGUACCUAUACCCCCAUGGAUCCAGAGGCUCCGGAAAGCAAGGCAGCUGUUAUCAUGGCCUUUGUAAACCAAUCGGCCAUAGACAUUAGGAGAAAAUUACAAAAAAUAGAUAGACUAGGAGAAAAAAGUCUGCAGGACUUACUGGUGGUAGCCGAAAAGGUAUAUAAUAACCGGGAGCCCCCUGAGGACAAGUAGGCUCGCGCUAUGGCGGCUGCCAGCAGUAAGCAGACUCGAGACCUUGCCAGAAUACCACUAGCUACCACUGCUGACUUCCCCGAGGAACGAGACCGCCGUCUCCGGCAGCUGGCAGACGACCCAAGAAAAGGUAAAGGAACCACCAAGGGGGGGAAGCAGAGGCUGCAGAAGGAUCAGUGUGCAUACUGCAAGGAGAUAGGGCAUUGGGCCCAAGAUUGUCCAAAAAGGGCCGGCAGGAAGGGAAGCAAGACUGAUCGAGUAAAAGUCCUAGAGCUAGAUGAACUAAGUGAUUAGGGGAGUCGGGGUUCGGACCCUCUCCCCGAACCCAGGGUAACUCUUAAAGUGGAGGGGACCCCUGUUGACUUCCUUGUCGACACCGGAGCACAACAUUUGGUCCUCUGUACCCCACAAGGAAAACUAGCCAACAAGAAGUCCUGGGUACAAGGGGCAACUGGUAUGAGCCAGUAUUCAUGGACUACCCGAAGAACAGUAGAUUUGGGAACGUGCCAGGUAUCCCACUCCUUUAUGGUAAUACCAGAAUGCCCCUACCCGCUGUUAGGACAGGACUUACUGACCAAGAUUGGAACUCAGAUAACUUUCAGACAAGGGGGGCCUCAGGUCACCGAUGGCAAGGGCCACCCCAUCCAGGUCCUGACCAUGAAACUGGAGGAUGAAUACCUCCUCCACCAGGAGGCACUCCCGAGAGAGGAUAAUAUAGACAGAUGGCUACAAGAAUUCCCCUCGGUUUGGGCAGAGACAGGGGGGAUGGGACUAGCAGCUCAUAGGACCCCAGUCCUGGUAGAGCUCAAGCUCCAGAGGGCGCACGAGGAUAUUUGGCCGUGCCUCCGUGCCAUCUACGAGGCUGACCCGAUCCCGACAUCUCAUCAGUACAGGCCGGGAGACUGGGUCUACGUCAAGAGGCACCACCGAGAGACUCUCGAGCCGCGCUGGAAGGGACCCUACAUCGUGGUGUUGACAACCCCCACUGCUCCCAAGGUAGAUGGCAUCGCGACCUGGGUCCAUCACACCCACGCUCAGCCAGCAGACCCCUCCUCGAUCCGGAAGGACGUUGUCACUCGAUGGGCCAUCAGUCGGGACCAACACAACCCGCUCAAGCUCAAGCUAUAG